AGUUUUGUGACGUCACUAUGCGGCGCCUGAAAGAGAGUUCAGUUCCGCUGUCGCAAUGGAAUCAAACAAGGACGAAGCGGAACGCUGCAUAGAAAUAUCUAUCGCCGCGCUUCGGGAAAAUCAGACCGAUAAAGCUCGAAGGUUCCUCGAGAAAGCACAGAAAUUGUUUCCCACACAGAAAGCACAACGUUUAUUAGAAUCUAUAGCUCUGAAUGGGAGUACACAUGGCAGUAAUAAUAACUGUGGAGAAAACAAGCGCAGUGGAGUUCGACACCGAGCCACCAGUGCCGGAGAGGAGCUGUCAGAAGACAGUGCUACAGAUGGAGCCAAGUCCUAUACAGCAGAUCAACUGGAUGCAGUCAAACAGAUAAAGAAAUGCAAAAACUAUUACGAGAUUCUGGGAGUCAGUAAAGAUGUGUCUGAUGAUGAUCUGAAAAAAGCGUACAGAAAACUGGCUUUGAAAUUCCAUCCAGAUAAAAACCAUGCUCCAGGUGCUACAGAGGCAUUUAAAGCUAUCGGGAAUGCAUAUGCCAUUCUUAGUAACACAGAAAAACGGAAGCAGUACGACCUUUAUGGUGAGGAGAAAGUUCACCCGUCUUGUCAUGGCCAUUCUCAUCAGGGCUUUGAGGCAGAUAUUUCGCCAGAGGAUCUUUUCAACAUGUUCUUUGGAGGUGGAUUCCCAUCUAGUAAUGUCCAUGUUUAUAGUAAUGGCAGGAUGAGAUUUGGACAUAAUCAUCGGCAUGAACACAGAGAACAACGGCGAGAUGGAAGCCUUGCUCUGUUUGUUCAGUUGAUGCCCAUCCUCAUCCUCAUUGUAGUUUCAGCUCUUAGCCAGUUGAUGGUGUCCAGCCCUCCAUAUAGUCUAAGCCUCAGGCCAUCGUCAGGGCACACGAACAGGCGGCAAACAGCUAAUCUGAAGGUGCCUUACUAUGUGGGUGACCACUUUUCAGAAGAAUAUACUGGAAAGCAACUUAGGAGUAUUGAGCAAAAUGUGGAGGAUGACUACAUCUCAAACCUUCGAAAUAACUGCUGGAAGGAAAAGCAACAGAAGGAAGGACUGUUGUAUCGCGCACGAUAUUUUGGAGAUUCAGACUUGUACCAAAGGGCCCAGAAGAUGGGUACACCUAGUUGUUCAAAACUGUCAGACAUUCAAGUCCUUUUACAUGGACACUGAAAAACAAGAUGGUCCUUAUUUGAACGUGACCAACAACGAACUGUCCAAACUCACUAAAAGUGGGAAUUUGCACCAUUUCAAGAAAAAACAAAAAAUGAUCAAUCUCCUUGCAGUAGCAGGCAACUUUGUCUUUCCUCUCUCCUGUAAUGAUGAAGUGGGACAUCAUUGCUUAGCUUAUGCUAAGGUCUGAAAAACAGCACUGACACUUAAUUGUGCUUACAUGCAAGUGAAUGGUGAUGCUUAAUGAACAAAUGGGUAUAUUCCAAAUGGAAAGUGAUGAUCCAAGCUUAAUGCCUUUCUCUUAAAUUUAUCCAUACACCCCACUUUUCUGUUGAGCAAUUCUUAGAAUCCCAUUUUUGGGUUAUCUGAGCCAAAUCAGCGUUUUAGUAUUUGUUUAAACAGCAAGAAAUUGUUAUUUUAAAUGUUGCUAUGUUAUUUAAUUCUUCACUGUUGAUUGCCUGUUGGGUUUUUUAAAGAAGCUGUUGAGAAUAAUGAAGAUAUUUUGCCCUGUAUUUAUUAAAAUGUAAAUCA